CUUCAGACACCUCUUCCGGGCUCACUUUCUCCUCAUUUUCUCUGGGCUCUGGCACCUGCCUCUCCUCUAGCGUCCUUCCUGUCACCGGACUCCCAAGGCUUUAGUUACAGCAUGUCUACCCACAGCUUCCCUGCCUUGCGCUUGAGACAAGUGUUGGGUUUUUUUGGAAGUAUUGAUAUAUGCUUUUGGAGUUUGAUAAAAUGUUUUUUUCUACAUAUUUAUUGCCUUUUCCAUUUGUCUUUAGUUUCUGUUUGGACAUGUGCCCUCUCUUACCUACCAAGUCUUUUUUUUUUUUUUUUUUUUUUACCACAUCUCUGCUACACAUUCCCGCUCCCUAACUCUCUGUACUGAAUCUGUCUAAUUUUCCUCUCCAAAUUUUUAUUUCAAACAAUGUUUUACCCCUUCUUAUAGUAAGCUGAGAAACUUACCUUCUGUGUCUGUGAGUUUUCUGGUUGUCUCAGACCAGAAUCUUAGUUUGGCGUUGGUCUUGGAAAAUCUUGCAGAUUCAGUUUGCAGAAAGUUUCCACAGAAAAAGUAGCCAAAGAGUUCCUAACUCAUGGCCUCUUUAAUGCUGCUUGAGGGGGCUUUGGCCCAGAACACAGUAUUAGGCUGCUUCUGUUUCUUGCUGCUGCCCUGGAUACUGCUUAUGGUCCUCCUGCCCUCACCUGCUGCACCACUUUGGCUCCAUGAUACUGUCUGUCUCCACCCCUUCCACAUCCCAGCCCUGGCUUCUCAGCUUCAUGGGUACGGCUUCAAGCCACUCCCAUUGGCCCACGUACCCCUCCCCAGCCAGGUGUUUAUUUUACUUCCCUAUUUGUUGACUUGUUUGAAGGAGGGGUCCCUGGAGUCCUCGGCUACCUUUAAAGUCCCAGGGCUGCCUCAGGUGUGUGAGUGCGUUGUUGUGAGGAAGCUGCCAGAGAGCUCCUGACCUCUAAGACAUCCAAAAGGUCCACAGCACUAAAACUACGAUGGCUGGGCCAGAAGGAAUGAAUUGAACAAACUAGUGGACUUUAGAAGGAAAGGAAGGGGCCAUGAACUCCACAUUGAUCCAAGGCAGAGGGUGUUUUCUAUCCAUUGGUCCCCAUCCUGGGAUCUGAUGGAGGGAAACGGUGACGGGGACUGAACUGCAUCUUUUCUCUGAGCAGAUGGAAGAGGAACAGGACGUCAAGCCUGUGUCCCCAUCCCAGAGUUCUAAGAACACACAGCAGCCCGACACCCCCUAUUCUUCCCAUGGCUGGUCCUUGGAUAUGCUGUUACGCAGAUUGAAGGCCGUAGAUGCCAAGAGGGAUGACAAGUUGGCCAGCAUUCUGGAUGCCGUGGGGGUGUUUGGCACAUUCCAAUGGAGGCUGGUGGCUCUCACCUUCAUCCCCAGCAUGGUGUCAACCUUCUUCCUGCUUUCUGAUUACUUCAUGGUGACAGCCCAGACGCCCUAUUGUAACACCAGCUGGAUCCUGGCAGUGGGCCCUAAUCUCUCUGAGGCUGAGCAGCUGAACCUCACCGUGCCCCGAGCACCCAAUGGCAGUUUCCUGACAUGCCUCAGUUACAUACCUGUGUCAUGGGAUCUAGACUCGAUCAUCCAUUUUGGUCUCAAUUACACUGAAAAAUGCAAAAACGGGUGGAUCUAUCCUUACGCCACGAAGCGCUCUCUCAUCAAUGAGUUUGACCUGGUGUGUGGCAGUGAACCAAACAUCGAAAACAUGCAGACUGUCUUUCUGGCGGGCAUUCUGACAGGCUCUCUCCUCUUUGGGUUCCUAAGUGACAAGCUGGGGCGCUACCCAACUAUCCUGAUGUCGCUUCUGGGACUCCUCAUCUUUGGCUUUGGAACAGCCUUUGUGAACAGCUUUUACCAGUACCUUUUCUUCCGCUUCAUUGUGGCCCAGGCGACCGUGGGCUAUGUUAUCUGCAGUGUCUCUUUAGUUAUGGAGUGGCUGGUGGACGAGCACCGGGCCCAAGCCGUCAUUCUGCAGCACUGCUUCUUCACCAUAGGGAUCUUGUUCCUGUCGGGGUCCGCUUUCAAAAUUGCCCACUGGAGGCUGCUCUUCCUGGUGGGUGGCACGCCUAUGUUCCCCCUCAUCUGCAACGUUUGGGUUCUCCGAGAAUCCCCACGGUGGCUGAUGGUGAAAGGGAAGGUGGAAGAGGCCAAGGAGGUGUUGUGCUAUGCAGCUAAGGUGAACAAGAAUACCAUUCCUUCAAAUCUACUGAACGAGCUGCAGCUGAAGGGAAAGAAGGUGAAGAAGGCCUCCAUUCUGGACUUCUACACCAACCAGAACCUCUUCCGGGUGGUCUUGGCCAUGGCCUGCUCAUGGUUUACUGUCAGUUACAUCUACUUCACACUGAGCCUCAAGAUGAAAGAUUCUGGGGUCGACCUGUACUACAGACAAGUGAUUCCCAGCAUUAUGGAGGUGCCAGCCCGGCUGUGUUGCAUUUUUUUAUUGGAGAAUUUUGGGAGGAAGUGGAGCCUAUACCUGAGUCUCAUCCUAGCUACCAUUGCCUGUGUGUUUCUCCUUUUCCUCCCUCAAGAGCUCAAGUCAACGAUAAUCCUGGUGCUCGUGCUGGGAGAGUUUAGCCUGGCUGCCACCGUCACCGUGUUCUUCAUCUAUACUGCCGAACUCCUCCCCACUGUCCUCAGAUCAACAGGUCUGGGAAUGGUGUCUCUGUCUUGGGCAGCUGGGGCCAUCUCGUCGCUGGCCAUCUUCAAACAGAUCCAAUCCCAGCUGCCCAUCUUCUUCUGCUGUCUUUCCUGCGUCUUGGCCUUGUGCUUCUUCUCUCUGGUGCCAGAAACAGAGAACCAGCCUCUUCGUGACAGCAUAGAGUACAGUUCAAGCUCCCACAAGGAUUCUGUUGAACUCAAGGAAAGAAACAAGGAUGUUGGCACAGUGAUGCUCUCUGACUCGUCCAUGUCUGAUAUGUGUGAUGUGGCAAAGAAUACUACUGUCAACACCAUGCCUACAGAAUCAGAAGCAGGUUAUUCAACAUGGCCUUUGAAAAACCCAGCCUCAGGGAAUUACUCCGUCCAGCAACCUGAGGACAAGGUUCCCUAAAGCAUUUUAGAUUGGAGUCUAGUGAGUGAGUGUGGGGCCUCUAAUUCUAAACCCAGUCUGGCAUGUGGACAGAAUCUGUCCUCUAAGGCCCUCCAAAAUAGUCCCCUCUGAAGGAGGAGCUAACUUGUCAUUCAUUCCAAUAAAAUAUCAUGUUGGUCUUGAUAUGGUUAGGUCAAGGGUGGCUGUGUCAUGGCAACCAAGAGGCUGUGGCUAGAUGGGCAUGGGGUGGUGGUCAAUAGACAACCAAGGCUUUUCAGGAUCUUCAGCUAAAUUCUCAGGGAUUCUUUGGAUGGAGUGGGGGUGGGGUGGGAAAUAUCUCUGAGGUCCAGAGAUGGAACAAGGGUCCUAAUCUUAUCUUCUAGCCCAGCCAUCAGCUCAAGCCCCAGACCAAGGCCAGAAUUUAACAGGGUUUAGAUGAAAGGUGAAAGAUUAAUAAGAAUUUUUCUCAUGAUCUGGGGCAUUCCCACUCUUCUUGAUAUUCCAAAUCAGCAUGGCUCUGAAGAUUACCCAUCUCAGGCUUUAUCCUGGGAGAGGCCCUCUCGAUAGCUCCAAUGAAGCUGACUGCUGACUUCUACCACUCCAAGAAAAAGUCCCUGUGAUGUUUAGUCAACCUGACACCAUAUAGACUCAUCAGGGAAUGGGUCUCUGGGCAUGCCUCCUGGGGAUUAUCUUCAUCAGUCUAGUUGAGGUAUAUAGUACCAUUCCUUGAGUUGGGUCCUGGAUUGCACAAAAAGAGGAACAUUAGGUGAGAAGUGACCAUUGCGUUUCCAUCCCUUUCUCUUGUCUUAAGAUCUUCACCAUGAUAAACUGUAACCAAUUAAGUUGUUUUUGUAAUUAUUUUUAUCACAGUGAAUGGAAAGUAACUUUCCUACUUAGUCAAUUUGACACUGCCUAGAGUUGUCUGAAAGGAAAACCUCCAUCUGGGAACUGCUUAGAUCAGAUUGGUCUGUGGGCAUGUCCGUGAAGAUUGUCUUGAUUAUGAAUUGGUGGAGGAGGGCCCAGUCUCCGUGUCACCCCUGGGUACUGGGUGUAAAGCUAAGCUUGAGCCCGGGAGUGAGCCAUGCUGGAUGGUGACCUAGAAGUA